GUUACUUUCACUUUGAUCAACCCUGCGGAGAGACACUGUCCUGAAGUGAACAAGUGAAGUGAACAAGUGAAGAACCUGGAAAGUCCACACAUCUCAUGCACAAGGUGAAGAAGAGGAGAAGGGGAUGAAGGUGAUGUUCUCCUGUCUUCGUCUUUGAGGAGGUUGAAAGAAAAACCGAAACAGUAAAGUGAAAGCAGAUUUUCCUGAGUGUCCCUUCUCUUCUCAGAUGGAUUUCCCCGUGGAGGCGACGGUACAUCUGGAUGGUUUCCGAGAUGACACAAAGGUGCGAGAGCUCCUCCGGUCACAUGACUUUGAGGUGAAAUAUCUGCAUAGAGACCUGGUUCGUGUCAAGGGUUCGUUUUUGAAGCUCAAAGCUGUGAAGGCCCUUUUGGAGCAACUCCUUAACCGACAAGACCAGACUGAGGCAACCCCGCGCUCGUCCUCGCCCUUCUCUUCUGGAGCCAUUUCCAGAUACAACACCGACAUCCGCCCAAAUUCGGGUGGCGACAGAGGCAGGUUAGGAUCCAGUGACGGGCCACUGCACGCUCACCCGUCCUCACCCAACACCUCUGCACCCAGGGUGUCAAACACGGCCCGCACUCAUCAGAUCUCUUCAGAGCACAGAGCUGCUGUCUCUACAGGAGCGCGGCAGUGUGAGGCGUUCAGGCCCAGAAGUGAGGUAUUCGUCGUGGACGCAGAUGUGUUCAUGUACGCAGAGCAGCUCAAGAAAAAAGACUUUAAUAUGAUCCUGGAGAAUCACAACGUUAAAAUGAAGGUGGACCAAGUUUCUCAUAGCGUCGAGGUCACUUUACUGGGGAAGGGUGCAGGGAUGGCCGCCAGUAAACUGCAGAGCCUCUUGAAUGAUCUCAGCAAAUCACUACGCACGCAGGAAGUUCUUCUGAGGGACAUGGAUCAGGACGGCAAGGCUUUUUUGGAAAGGAUUCGCCGAAACAAGAACGUUAAAGAUUCCGUGCUCGUGUGUGAGAUGAACGACAGACUCCACCUCAUCGGGUCGUCUGCCAACAGCUACCAGGUGAAGCAGAAGCUGUUGGGGAGGUCAGCGGAGCAGUCGGGACGAGCAGGGAGGACGUUGGACAGAAACCCCGGGAGGAGGAGCAGCUCCCUGCCGCCAAUCAACAGACAAGGCACAGAUAUAGGAGAUAGUGGCGGCAUCGCUUAUUCUUCUCCUGCUGGAGCUGCAGGUUACUCCCCCUCAAAUUACCAGGACGAUAAACAGGAAGGGGCCCAACCCGAGUGGGAGGCGGGAGCUCGUCCUGGUCCGAGCGGAGCUUCAAGGAGACGAAGCUCCUCCGUGUCGCGGGUAAAAGGACGAGAGGAAAAACCUCCUGACUUCGCUCGAGAGACGAAUAACAGAGGCAAACCUCCCGGCAUCAAGCCGCCACUCGUCAAUACAAUAGAUAUGAAUCGAACGCUCAAACAUAUGAGGAAGAAAUUAGGAAUCUGAUGUUCGGAAAGUUAAUAAACAUAUUUCCCAAAAUGUCCCAGAGUUAAAUGCACAUCAGUGGAUUUCACUAAAUGUUUUUGAUAAGAAUCUUACUUUUUUUUAUUUAACUAUUUAGACCAAAAUGCACUUAACUCACACAACAUUCCUGACUGUUCUGCAUUACACACUUUACCUACACUGAUCAGAAUGGGUUGGACUGAAAUGUCAAUAUAUUAGUAGUAAGUGUGGUUUAAAGCUCUUAUUGUACCUGUGGAUAUACACAGCACAUCAAUACACAGUAUCUUCAUUGGCUGGAAUUCAAACCAGCCAUGUUAACACAUCAGUUCUCUUUUAAAUAAAAGCAACAUUUUAAUCUGUGAGUCAGACUGAAGUAGUGAACUUAGUGCAGAGCAAUUUUCAGAUUUUAACUUUAACUCCACUGAUGUCAAAGUUUUCAUUAUACUAUGACAGUAGAGUUUUAAAUCAGUGCACUGUUACAUUUUUAUUAGCUAUAGUUUAUUUUACUGCUCCUGACACGUCUCAUUCUCUUGUAUUUGUCGACACUGCAGGUGAUUUAUUCUGAAUGAAUUCACGAGCUGAGUGGAUGAAAUGUAAAUGAUGUAAACAGACGAGUCAAUACGGCCGCUAAUUACACAAAUGACCACUGAAGCAUCAUGACGCGUCUUUGACUGUUAAUUAAAUGUGAUAAUAAAAAAACGAAUGGCUCUUUAA